CUGAAAAACAAAGUUAACAAUGAAGCAUAUCAGAAGUGUGCACGCUUCUCAAACUGGUGGCUGUUUGUGCCUUUCAGCUGAUGAAGUGACAACUUCCUCAUCUUUCCUUUGUUAAGGAGGAGCCUCAGAUCCUCUAAAACAAGUGGAAAACUGUACAAAACAGUGCUGAGACUCUGAGCAUCAUACUGAAGAUGAAGUUUUCUUUUGUCUUUUUUCUUUUAUUAGACAUCCCUCAUCUGAAUGGGCAGCAGAAGAUUGAGGAGUUCGAGCACAUUUUGCUGAGACUCGCCUUCCCUUCAUUUUACAACAGCCACAGCAAGUCCUGCUGUAAACUCUAUCCAGGAGGAUGUUACAAGCUGCUGGACAGCACAGGAUACACCUGUGAAUUGCUGAGAGGAAGAGUUACAAAAACUGAGAAUGAUGGCUGGAUUGAGUUCAAAAUAUCAAAUGUGCAAUCUGUGGACGGAGGCUACUACAGAUGUAUUGUGCUGGGAACCCAAAACCACAUCUACAGUGACUACUACGUCGAGAUCUCAGAAGCUUCAGUUCACCACAGUCACUCUCAGCCUCCACUGACAACAACUACCGAACCCCUCAACACCUCCACAACACUCCCAGACUCCACCGAGCCCGCUCUGGCACACGACCACAGAAACAGUCCCAGUGUCCCCUGGAGUUUUGCCUUGCCACUUGCUGUCAUUGUGUCCAUUACAGCGAUGAUUUUGAUCACUUCAGUUAUUGGUGUUGUUUGCUUCAGAGUGAGGACAAAACGUAAACAGCCGGACAAAAGUGGAGAAACUCUGUGUGAGUCACUGAAACAAGAGGGCCCGGAAAUGAGCAGCAUAGUCUACACAACAGUGGACUUCAGAGCUCACCAGAGACCCAAAGAGGUUUACGCAAACCUGAGGAUGCCCACAACACGAGCAGGAGCCCCUGACACAGAGGAUGCUGAGAUGGUGGAGUAUUCCACACUGGCAAUCCACCAGUGAAUUCAUGUGAAAGUUUAGCUUCUGAUUUUAUUGUGGGACUGAUUUUAUUAGCUACGCAAAAAAGAGAAAUCUGUUGAUUUUACAAAUGAAUGUCAUCAGAUGUCAUGGAUAGGUCUACUCAGCCUGUGUAGCUGAAAGACAUUUACCAGGCUGAAUUUACCAGGUAGAAUUUAACAAAAAAUGAAUUUUGUUGCAUCAUGGGAAGAUUCCAGGAUAUCUUCACCACUGCAUGCUUUUAUUUGAACUUUUGUCGCUUUCCGAGUUCCCCAAUUUUACGGAAGUGCAAUGUUGAAUCACUGAACUACCCCUUAAAAUAUUUGUGAAAAUGAAAUGAUAAUGCCAUUAAAGCAGUGAUUUCUCUCA